UUCUACGCUAAACAUUAAGAUAGACACGAAGCCCCUCGGCUCAACUCCAACUCAACACGUAUCGAGAUAAUUGCCACAGAUGCCGUGACUCUAACAACGAAAAAUCUUUACUGACUUAGUGUGUAACUGAGCUGUUACACUAUAUAUAUUUCUCAUAUAUAAAUACUCUCAAUGGCAGCCGUAUUUGGAUCUUUAGCCACUUCUUUAUCUUCGUCUUCCUCUCUCAAUGCUCUUUGUUCUUCCUCUUCCUUGUUUUUCUCGAAACUAGGACCUGUUAGAUCGGUUGCUAUUCCUGGCUUUGGUUUUAGAGUUGUUUUUUUUGGAGUUGCGUCUCUGGGACAAAGACCCUUUUGUUAUUACUCUUCUGGGAGAAGAGAAGGCAAGUUCAUGGCCCACUCUAUUGCUCGUGGCACUCUUGGCCUCACUCAGCCCGCUCAAAUCGAGCCCCCUAAGAUCUCUUUUGCUGCAAAAGAGAUUGAUGUGCUGGAAUGGAAAGGGGAUAUCCUUGCUGUGGGUGUCACCGAGAAGGACAUGGCAAAGGAUGAUUCAAAGUUCAAAAAUCCAAUUUUGCAAAAACUAGACGCCAAAUUAAAUGGUCUUUUAGCAGAAAUUUCUUGUGAGGAGGAAUUUACUGGAAAAGCUGGCCAGUCAACAGUAUUUAGACUUCCAGGCCUUGGCUCCAAAAGGGUAGGCUUGAUUGGACUAGGCCAGUCAGCUUCAACUGCGAUUGAUUUCCGAAGUCUUGGUGAGUCUGUUGCAGCCGCCGCAAAGGCUUCUCAAGCCAACAAUGUUGCUGUUGUGCUAGCCUCUACUGAGGGUCUGUCAAACGAAUCAAAGCUCACAGCUGCUACGGCAUUAGCAUCUGGAACUUUACUAGGUACACAUGAAGAUGCUCGGUAUAAGUCUGAGUCAAAGAAAUCUGUGCUCAAGUCUGUGGACAUUGUUGGUCUUGGAACUGGACCUGAACUAGAAAAGAAGCUCAAGUAUGCUGAAGAUGUUUCUUAUGCUGUUGUUCUUGGAAGAGAGCUUGUUAAUUCCCCAGCCAAUGUACUUACCCCCGUGGCACUAGCAGAAGAGGCUUCAAAGAUUGCUUCUACGCAUAGUGAUGUUCUUUAUGCAACCAUUCUGGAUGAAGAGAAAUGCAAAGAUUUAAAAAUGGGGUCCUACCUUGGUGUUGCUGCCGCUUCUGCAAACCCACCUCGCUUCAUUCAUUUGUGCUACAAACCUCCUAGUGGAUCUGCUAAAGUCAAGUUGGCCUUGGUUGGAAAGGGACUUACUUUUGACAGUGGUGGCUACAACAUCAAGACUGGGCCUGGCUGUUCAAUUGAGACCAUGAAAUGUGACAUGGGAGGUGCAGCGGCAGUUCUAGGGGCAGCAAAAGCCAUUGGUCAGAUUAAACCUCCUGGUGUAGAGAUUCAUUUUGUCAUUGCAGCUUGCGAGAAUAUGAUAAGCGGGACUGGUAUGAGGCCUGGAGACAUUAUAACAGCUUCAAAUGGAAAGACAAUUGAGGUCAACAAUACUGAUGCUGAAGGAAGACUUACACUUGCUGAUGCUUUAGUUUAUACUUGUAAUCUUGGCGUAGAGAAGAUUAUUGAUUUGGCAACAUUAACAGGAGCCUGUGUAGUUGCUCUUGGACCUGCAGUUGCAGGUGUCUUUACUCCCAGUGAUGAAUUGGCCAAGGAGGUACUUGAAGCCACACAGGUCAGUGGAGAGAAACUUUGGAGAAUGCCAUUGGAGGAAAGCUAUUGGGAGACAAUGAAAUCAGGAGUCGCUGAUAUGCUUAACACUAGUGUUAAUCGAACUGCUGGUGCUAUCACUGCAGCUCUAUUCUUGAAACAGUUUGUAGAUGAGAAGGUUCAGUGGAUGCACAUUGACAUAGCAGGCACAGCCUUAAGUACUGACAAGAAGCGCGGGGCAACAGGAUUUGGCAUUGCAACUCUGGUAGAGUGGGUUCUGAAGAACUCAUCUUAGAUAUAUAGAUACCGGCCACCUGACGUAUACGCAUGGGUGACUGGAUACACAUCCAAAGAAAGUCUGAGAAGAUUGAAUGGGAUGAGAAAAGAAAAGGCUUUGCAGAUUCUAUGGAUUUGAAUUCCUGAAUAAAUGACUUAGGCUUUACUCAUUUCAGGCGUGUACUGAAACAUGUUGCACUUUCUUGCUCUUUGUGAACCAUUUCCUUUCCUUUCCUUUCCCACAAGCUUUAUUAGUUUUUAUUCUCUGGGGAAUUCUCAGGAUCAUGAAGAAACACACUAAAUAUUAUGGAAUGAGCUCUAAAAACCAAUGAAUCUUAUAAAUUCAAUAGUCUCGAAUCUUGACCA